CCACCAGGUGGUUUCAUCAGACAAAAACUGUUGCGCUUCCGACCCGAAGGCCAAGUAAGCGCCAACAUCUGUCGGACUCCAACCAUCGGCCUCAUCCACACUUAGUUUGCCAACAGGUGGUUCCGGCCGCUUCCGCAAUGAGGGCGCGCUUGGCGCUAAGGCUUUGAUCGGUGCCGCACAAAGUCAUCAUUUGCGGCAGGUGCGGACCAGGCUGCGGGUCUCGAUGAUCAGCUCCGUGUGCGUCUCGUCUUACCGAGGGCGGAAGUCCGGCAACAAAGCCCCGUCCAAAUCAUGCCUCAAGGAGGAGAUGUCCAGGGGUGAGGAUUCGGACAAAAUCACCAUCAACGUCGGCGGCACCCGACAUGAAACCUACAAGAGCACCCUCAGGACCCUGCCCGGGACCCGCCUGGCAUGGCUGGCCGACCCGGACCCGCAGGUCAGCUCCGACAGGUCGUCGGACUCGGCGCCCCCGAACUCCGACGAGCUGUUCUUCGACCGACACCCCGGCAUCUUCGCCUACGUGCUCAACUACUACCGGACCGGGAAGCUCCACUGCCCGGCCGACGUGUGCGGACCGCUCUUCGAGGAGGAGCUGGCCUUCUGGGGCAUCGACGAGACCGACGUGGAGCCGUGCUGCUGGAUGACCUAUCGGCAGCACCGGGACGCGGAGGAGGCCCUGGAGACCUUCGAACCGCCGGAACCGGACGAGGCGGACGACGAGGGCGAGAUGCCCAGGAGGUUUGGCAUCGAGGACUGCCCCGACGGGUCGAGGGGGCGCUGCCGACUUUGGCAGCCCAAGAUCUGGGCCCUCUUCGACGACCCCUACUCGUCCAGAGCGGCUCGGGGAGUGGCUCUUGCAUCCCUCUUCUUCAUCCUGGUGUCCAUCACCACCUUCUGCUUGGAGACCCACAAAGCCUUCAACGAGCUGCAGAACCGCACAGAGCUGGUGGUCGUCGGCAACAUCACACGUGCAGAGGAGAGGUGGGAGAUGGUGACCAAGCCCAUCCUCAUCCUGGUGGAGGGCAUCUGUGUGGUCUGGUUCACCUUCGAGUUCCUGGUGCGAAUCCUCUGCUGCCCCAACAAAUUGGAGUUUGUGAAGAACACCCUAAACAUCAUCGACUUUGUGGCCAUUUUACCCUUCUACUUGGAGAUGGGCCUGAGCGGGCUGUCCUCCAAAGCGGCCAAAGACGUGCUGGGUUUUCUCCGAGUGGUGCGGUUUGUUCGGAUUCUUCGGAUCUUCAAGCUGACACGACACUUUGUGGGUCUACGCGUGCUUGGACAUACUUUGAGGGCCAGCGUCAAUGAAUUCCUCCUGCUCAUCAUCUUCUUGGCCCUGGGCGUGCUCAUCUUCGCCACCAUGAUUUACUACGCCGAGCGCAUCGGCGCCAGCCCGGACGACCCCACCGGCUGCCGUCACACGCACUUCAAGAACAUCCCCAUCAGCUUUUGGUGGGCCGUGGUCACCAUGACGACCCUGGGCUACGGAGACAUGUACCCGCAGACGUGGCUGGGCAUGAUGGUGGGAGCGUUGUGCGCGCUGGCCGGGGUCCUGACCAUCGCCAUGCCCGUCCCGGUCAUCGUCAAUAACUUUGGGAUGUACUACUCGCUCGCCAUGGCCAAGCAGAAGCUGCCCAAAAAGAAGAAUAAGCACAAUCCCAACCCAGACGCCCAAACCGACUCGGCGUCGUUUGUAAAAUCGGAAACCAACUCGCACAGAGGCAGCACUCAGAGCGACACGUGUCCACUGGCGGCCGACGAGAACGCCAGCAGGAAGCGAUCAGACUCCAAACAGAACGGAGACGCAAACGUGGGCCUCUCAGAGGAGGAGGACAGCAGUCUGACCCAGCCCCUGUCCCCCAAUGACAGGUGGUCCCUGCGUUGCUCCCGGGGGCGAGAUAGAACUAAAAAGGAAGCCACCUGCUUUCUCCUCACCCCAGGAGACCCGAGCAUCCAUGGCGAGAGCUGCAAAGACGUGAUGGCGCCACCCGCCAACUACGCCCAGCCGGAGGUCAGCACUCGGACCUGAUGCUGGCUGCUAACAGAGAGGAGAGCCAGAACUGAAGGGGCGGAGGAACUGUAGACUGGAUCCUUUGGAAGGACGUUGUUUUUGUCUCUCGAGCAUCCCUACAUCUACAUCACAUCUACAGCUACAUCUACAGCUACAGCUACAUCUACAUCUACAUCACAUCUACAGCUACAUCUACAUCUACAGCUACAUCUACAGCUACAUCUACAUCUACAGCUACAUCUACAUCUACAUCACAUCUACAGCUACAUCUACAUCACAUCACAUCUACAGCUACAUCUACAUCACAUCACAUCUACAUCUACAUCUACAUCUACAGCUACAUCUACAUCUACAGCUACAGCUACAGCUACGUAUGUACAUCUACAUCUACAGCUACAGCUACAUCUACAUCUACAGCUACAGCUACAGCUACAGCUACAGCUACAUCUACAUCUACAGCUACAU